AUGUUAGCGUUAUUUUCCUCGUCACCAGCAAAAUGCUUCAGUAUCGCUAUAUUUGCCAAUUUAUUACUGCUUCGCUCUGUGAGCGGUGUCGAUGAUACGGAUGUCAUUAAGUGGGUUGGAGAUCAUUCCCCUGCUUCGUGGUUUGCGUACGGAGAUUCUAAUCUUGGAAAACAUCACCUAUACUUCGAUGUUGAUUUGUACAGGGGAGAACACGUGCAAGUGCAUUGUCCUGCAUAUUCGGAUUAUCAUACGGUACUCAAACCACUUGAUGAAAACAUGUUCUACAAUACGGAUGCCUUUCAUCACAAACUAAACGCCAUAGACGAGGGUGGCCACUAUCACUACUUGAGCAGGUGGAAAAUCAACAUUAGUGAAGCAUUCGACUGUCUGACCGUUAAGGAGUUGCCCAACGAAAAGUGGACUAUCUCCUACCUAGGGAAACCGACGUACUUAACCAUGGAAACACUAUAUUUCGAUUGCAUUGCAACGUCUGAUUCAGGCACGCUUCACACAGCCACAGUGAAACUAAACAUAAUGCCGGAGUACUACUUAGAGAAUGAAACAGAAGAACACAUCGAUUUUAAUACCAAAGCUUUCUCUCCAGAUGAUACGCCGUUCACGUACUUCAAGUUCCCAAGGUCCGGUUCCACGUUACACCUUAAGUGUGAGACGAAAGGAACAUGGUCAGCAGCUCUGAAAGACCCAUAUAUUUCUGGUACGCAAACGAUGAUUACGAAAGAGACGUAUGUGAUAAAUUUUGACGAGCAAUAUUUCAUUGGAUGGUUGACAGACGUUUCUUUUUUAUACUGCGAUCAGCUCGGUUUGGGCCAUUUUGUUAUGAUUACACAAUCGAAUGGAAAGGUUUUGGGUGUAUUUUGGUCACAUACUAUGGAGUCGUCGCAACCUGGAAUGUUGAAAGCAAAUUUCGAUGUCAAGAAGCAUCUUUUACUUAAUUUUUACUGUGGAUCGCAUUGCGAUAAGAUGUAUCCAAAAAAAAUUCCUCAAGAAUUCUUAGUGGAUGGGUCUUCCAAAUUGCGUCACGAUCAAUUAUUGGGCAAUUUGGGAGUGAUUCGUCGAUCACCGAAAUCCAUGACAUUGGAUUUCAGCCGUUAUUAUUCAUAUAGUUACUACGAAGCAGCAUGGUAUAGUAAUGAAACUCUUUCCGCAGCACAUAGUGUGAUAUUUAGUUUAAACCCCGCAUGCGAUUUCUCUAAUGCAAACUCACUUGAUAUGGAUUCUAAGACUUGUUCAGUCUUCCUUACCACAGGUAAGGACGUUAUUAUAAGGGGUGCAAAGAGCACACUAGGAAAACUUCACAUGCUGCCUGACUCUUAUUCGUUGUUUUAUUGGCGUAAAGUACAAAAUCCGGAAGCCGCAUGGAAUGAACAUACAUUCGAGCGCGUUACCGUAACCCGGCGGGGUGUGGCAACCUCUCAAGAUGAUCACAUUUUAAAAAAUGCAUCCGUUGUUACGUUCACUGUUGGAACAUUCGAUAGCCCAUUGUACUACAUAUGGAGUCACAACAUGGAUGAUGACGGUAAGGAGGCCGACAAAAUUCUCAAGGUUUAUUUCGCCCACAGUUCUUAUCUUGUUAAACCUGAUAUGAAUUUACCAACGAACGCAAGGGGAAAUAUACGUGGGAAUACGCCCUAUAAUUCGAAGGUCUACCAUAUUGUUAAUAGGGGUGCUAAAGGUUUGAAAUUUAGUUGUAGCUAUUUCUUUGAAUCUGACUACGAUGCAGAAUAUGUUCUGCACCCACAAGGGAAAAACCUAAUCUACUCAGAUGUAGGGACAACGCAUGCAGACCUAACCGAGAUACCGACAGUGCAGUUCCAUGAGGAGUUCGCAGUCGCCGGGGUGAGCAUGUACAAGGUGCCGGAAUCUAUUGAUAAUUAUGACUUCGAAAUGAAAUUUGAGCCUGAUAAGAUAAUAAUGGCUGUGUACAAGCAACCUCUGUUUUUUAUAUGCGCAAGAAAAGAUUUUGAUAAAUCUAAGCACUCUUAUCUUGUUAUUGGAAUAGAUCCGUUCUAUCAGCAGGAGCGCAUAUAUGGUUGUGGAACGAGACCUGAAUUCUUCCUCAACAAGGAUGGUCAAACUAACAGUGAACAUCACUGCGAAUUCACUCUCGAUGACGACAAGACAGUCGGAUUCUUUUGUCCCAUGCCUAUUCCGAGUCACUUUCUUGAAGGAGACCAGAAACAGUGGGCACCUGCUUCCGACGAUCCGAUAGCAACCACUAACCCCUACAAAAACAUGGUACAAUGCUACGAUCGCACCACAUACCUCCAGCGGCUGGUAGGAUUCAAGGUAGACAUCGGAAUGUUUGCCAGUCCUCGUGAUGUUGGAGAAGUUCGGUCACUCUGGAUCUUUAAUAAUGGUCAAUUCAUCAAAAACGGCAAAGUGGCCAUAUCUAAGGUUAUAUGUUAUUGCUUCAAUACUGAAGGACGUAGCGUGGCCAGCAUCGCAGUGUCCUCCCACUUUAAAAAAUUGGCAACGUAA